AUGGCGACCACAUCUGACGUACCGGCUUCCAAGCCGAAGGAGAUGAAGGUUCUCUCCCUGGGAAUGACACGCACAGGUUCGGCCUCGAUCACGCAAGCGCUCACAAUCCUCGGCUACGACGGCGUCCACCACGGUAUCCAGGCCAUCUCCUGCGCCCGCGAGUGGACUCUCUUCUCCGCGGCGUGCGACUCGACCUUUCCCACCCUGCCGACUUACACCGGCGCGCCCUUCCCGCGGGAGAACUGGGAGUCGCUCUUUGGCAACUACGAAGCCGUCACGGACAUGGGAUCCUUCUUCGCGGUCCAGCUCGUCGAGGCGUACCCGGAUGCCAAGGUCAUCCUCGUGGAGCGCGACGUCGACAGCUGGUUCCAGAGCAUGGACGAGGCCAUCUUCAGCACGACGUGGGGCUGGCGCGCGGACCUCAUCAUCGACUACCUCGGCCCGCGAUGGGGCCUGGCGGGUGGCCAGACGCUGCGGAAGAUCAUGCUGGGGUUCUACGGGGUCCGUAACGUCCAGCAGAUGAGGGAGGUCGCCAAGGAGAGGUACAAGAAGCACUACGCCGAGGUCAGGGCCGCGGUGCCCAAGGAGAGGUUGCUGGAGUACAGCCUUAAGGACGGGUGGAAGCCGCUCUGUGACUUCCUCGGCAAGGAUGUGCCCGAGGGAGUGGAGUUCCCCGUGGCGAAUAGGAGAAAGGAACAUAUCGAUCGUGUGAGGACGAAGCAGAACAGGUUCUUCAAGGUGGCUAUGUUUGUUGGCCUGCGCAAGGCUAUGCCGUGGGUUUUUGGAAUUGGUGCUGUGGCCGCAGCCGUGUAUUUGACGAAGCCUAAAUGGGCGUUGGACGGGUUUGAGAGUGCCGUGAAGAUAAUCAAGGCUCAACUGAAGCUUUUGGAGAAGUACUGA